AUGACCGCCGCUUUGCUCCUUGUUAUGCUUCCUGUGGCGUGGACCUGUGUUCCGCAGAAAGCAGAUUACGUGAUAGUGUCGUGCUUCCCAAACGCCAUUAUCGCCAACGUGCCCGAGUGUCCGUACGGCUGGGAGAUGGAGCAACUCUCCCUGGGGGGGGUGUGCUCCACAGGUGUGCAUAGCUCCGGUUACUACCGCUUCACCAUCCCCGACCUGACGCCCAAGAACCACUCGUACUGCGGCACUCAGUCAGAGUACAUCCCGGGGAAAGACGCCCGCUAUAUCUUCUUCAAUUCAGUGGUGUCCAACGACACGUCGCUGACACUCAGGAACCAGCCGGUCAACUACACUUUCAGCUGCGUGUACCGCGCCACCUAUCUGGUCAACAGCGCCGUCUUCAGCCAGAGAGUGGCCACUGUCUACGUCAGCAACGGGACUUUGGGCUCCUUUAUGUCACAGCUGUCCAUGGGCGUGUUCACUAACGCCAAGUUCCUGUACGCCAAAGAGGCGCCAUACGUGAUCGACACCUCCGAGAUUGGCUCAGAGGUUUUUGUUGGCGUAGAGGCCAGAGGGCUGAGCGGACGCUUCCGAGUGGUCAUCGACAACUGCUGGGCCACGCCCACGCCCUACUCAACAGACAGGAGGAGGUGGAGCCUUAUCAUCAACAGCUGCCCAUCCGACGACACUGUGAACAUUUUCGAGAAUGCCAGAGACAGCCGCUCCACCUUCAAGUUCAACUCGUUCCGCUUCCGCGACCAGGAGAAGGCAUCCAUCGUGUGGCUCCACUGCGAGGUUCACGUGUGCGACGGCGAGCGGCUCGUCUGUCAGCCGAGUCCUUGCCCAGCCAGGAGACUGGCAUCGAAGGCGGAGCCACAUGGCGGCGUCCUGACUGCUGAAUUUUACAUUAAAGGAGCGUCAGUGCCCCUCCUGCUGCUCAUCUUCAUCAACACAUGCAGUCCUGCUUACGCAACUAAUCAGUGA